AUGAGACUCAUUGUGUGGUUCAAGAACGGAGUGGACUUAAAGCAAACACGUUGCAGCUUCAAUGUGACAACCACAGAGGUUAAAAGCAGGGGAUAUAAAUCAGGAAAUGAUGCAGGGUUCCCAAAAAGAAAGUACACCAGGCAAAGUGGAAAGGUGCAGCAGGAAGAUCAGAAAAUUAUCAAGCAGGAUUAUUACGAUAAAGGAGAUUAUAUCAUUCGUGAAGGAGAACAAGGCAACACCUUCUUCAUCAUUGCGAAAGGAAAGGUCCGUGUGACACAGACAAGGGAAAGAGAUGAAGACCCACAAGAAAUCAAGACGUUAGGAGCUGGAGAAUACUUUGGAGAGAAAGCAUUAAUUAGUGAGGAACUUCGUUCUGCAAAUAUCAUCGCAGAUGAAGAUGAUACCCAGUGCUUGGUCAUAGAUCGCGACAUCUUUAACCAGACGGUUGGUACAUAUGAGGAGCUGCAGAGCUACCUGAAGGAAUAUGUGGAACAGUUGUCCCGCAGCGAUAAGGACAGAAAUGCAAUGCCACUCACGUUUGCCUCCGAGUGCAAGGAGACCUUGCAGCUCCGGGAAAAGGUUGCCAAGUUUUCCAACUCCUCCCCUUUCAAAAACUUUGACAUCGUUGCCACUCUGGGCACGGGAGGCUUUGGGCGUGUGGAGCUGGUGAAACUGAAGAAUGAAGACACCACUUUUGCCUUGAAAUGCAUUAAAAAGAAACACAUUGUAGAGACUCGACAACAAGAGCACGUGUACUCAGAAAAGAACAUCCUGCUUCAGACCAAGUCCCCAUUCAUUGUGAGAUUGUACCGAACUUUCCGAGACUCCAAGUAUGUGUACAUGCUCCUGGAGGUGUGUCUGGGGGGCGAGCUGUGGAGCAUCCUCCGUGACAUGUGCUUCUUCGAUGAGUCGACGGCUCGGUUUUGUGUGGGCUGUGUGGUCGAAGCCUUUGAUUAUUUGCACAAUCGAGGAAUCAUUUACCGGGAUCUCAAGCCGGAGAACUUGUUGUUGGAUAAAGAUGGAUAUGUGAAAAUGGCUGAUUUUGGUUUUGCGAAGCGGAUUGGUCUUGGCAAGAAAACGUGGACAUUUUGUGGAACCCCGGAGUAUGUUGCCCCUGAGAUCAUCAUGAACAAAGGCCAUGACUUUGGGGCAGACUACUGGUCUCUGGGGAUCCUGGUCUUUGAGCUGCUGACUGGAAACCCUCCUUUUACGGGACCCGAUCCAAUUCAAAUUUACAACAUGAUUUUGAGAGGAAUGGAGAAAGUGGACUUUCCGAAGCGAAUUUCCAAGCGACCUGAGGAUCUGAUCAGGAAACUCUGCAAAGCUAAUCCAACAGAGAGAUUAGGAAACAAGAAGAAUGGAAUAAACGAUAUACGGAAACAUAAGUGGUUUCAAGGCUUUGACUGGGAAGGACUCUGGAGUCGGAAGAUGAAGUCUACUCUUCAAAGAGAGUUAAAAGGACCAGUGGAUCACAGCAACUUUGAUAGCUUCACUCCAGAGACUGAAGAGCCCAUGGAUGAGUUCUCCGGUUGGGAUGAAGACUUUUGAGGAGGGCUCCCCGCACCCUGGGAUGAAUGAGCUGAAGAAGGAAAACUCCAGGAACCAGAGAUGGAAUCAGACAAUGAUCUCUGAUAAGCUUUCCCUUAAAGAAACAACUCCUUUGUAGUCUGGUCGUUUUUUUGAGAUUGGAUGUGCCAGCAGUUUGCAAAUGUCUCUAUCUCGUUUGGUGUGUGGUGAGUCGGUGUAAAUGAAGGCAGUGGGUUUAAGAUGCAAGGGGAGCUGCUUACUGGCUGCAGUUCUACAUUACAGUUGCAACCCCUUCAUGUGGUUUGUGAGUUGACUUCACCAAUGGGACAAAGCUGAGUUUUGUCAUUAGCUUCCUGUUUGAGGGACAAUGAGCAGGAAACGAACAGGACUCAUGGACUAUGAGCAUGUGACAGGUUUUCGUGGGCAUUACUGCCAUUGUGUAAUUAUCCUUGGGCAGGAACUGACUGAAACCCCAUCAAAAAUACCAAUAACUCAUCACUCUGUUGUAAGAACCUUUCUUGCCUAUAGACAGGUAGUUAUUUGCAAAGCUUCAAAGGUAAAGUUACAAUGUAAUACUUUUAAGUAAGAAAGAGAAAUCAUUGAGGCACACUUGAAUGGUAAUAGAACAGGUGGAGAUUAUUCAGCCCCUCAGUCUGUUCUGCUGUUCAGUUUGAUUAUAGCUGACCUCUUUUUUAACUCAAUCAAGCAGCCUUGGUUCUGUAAUCUAUAAUAUUUUUCCCCAAAGAAGUACAAACAACCUCAUUCCUGACAUUUUCACUUGACUCAACAGCUUUAGAAAGAGUGACUCCCCAAUAAAUUUACUUCCUCAAAAUUGGUUCUAUCUUGUACAAUAUGCAUAUUUUGCAUACAUUUUGUUAAAGGUGCAAAUUAUUAGACACAUUGAAAUU